AUGGACAUGACCGACGAGGGUGACCGGACCACGUUCUUUGGCAUUAUCGCAGCGGCCACCAUCCUGCAGAGCGCUGUGGCGCCCACGGUUGGUGAAGUGGUCACCGACCCUGCGACCCUCCUGGACUUCAUGGUCUUCUUCAAGCUCAUCGCGGUCCUGGUCGCCAUCUUCCUCCUGCCGGAGUCCAAGGGUUUCAGCCUGCGCGCUGGCGCUGGAGGUGUCGCGCCAGAGACCACUUCCGACAUGUCCUACUGGGAGUGCUGCAAAAGACUCGUCCAAGACCCUACGUCGCGGACAGUGCUGAUCCUCGUGCUCGUAAGCAGCGCGGUGACGCGAGGCACUGCCGAUGUCAGCGGCCAGUACAACAAGAACGUCUUUGGGAUGACUUCAAGGCUGCGGGCCACUUUCACCUUGAUCGGGGUUGCCAGUGGUCUCUUCUGUAACCUGGUGCUCCUCAAACUGAUGAAGACAAGGCUGAGCACCAAGAGGCAAGUGCUGAUCUCGAUGUCCGCCGGCAUGGUGAGCGUGUUCCUGAACUUGGUCGCCCGAUCUCUGGGCCCGCUUUACGUGGCGACGGCCCUGACCGGCCUAACAAGCCUCUUGGGGACCUUCGUCAACGUGCUGAAGGUCAACGUGGCGCAAACAUCCGGGAUGCCUGCUGGUGCCGUCGUAGGUCUCUUCGAGUCAGCGAGCGAGCUCAUGGCCCUGGUGGGGCCGCCCUUCUUUACCGCUAAGAAGAUGGCGGCGCUGGAGCGGCGCAUGCGCGAGGAGAUUCACGGCCAGCUUUCCUCGCUGUGGUUGCGCCUUCAGAUAGUUGAAGAGAAGAUGAUGAUCGAAACUGCAGCAGGCCCAGAGGCCGAUCGAAUCGACGUCGCGGGGGAUUUGGUCCUUCCGGGAAGUGCGAUGAGCGCCGUCGUCCCAAGUACUGUCGCGGACGCCAAGGGCAGGAAGGGCGACAUCGCAGCCAGAACACCUGUGUUUGAGCCACAUGUCGGCGAGAUGGAGGAGGAGGACCAGGACGAGGAGCCCAUCCCAUUUGCAGAAACAGUUUGGAAUGUCGUUUUGGUCCUGGGAUCCACAGGCGCCGGCUGGAUUGACCUUUGUCUCACGAUGCUCCUUGCAGUUGGGAGUAUCAUGUUGCAGUUCCUCUUUGUUUUCGUCCUCGUCAGUGAAGAAUUCCUCGGCGGGAACUUCGGUGCCGAGAUCGCUGCGGCGAGAACUUGGAGGGCAAGCAUCGCCCACGACGCAAAGUACAGAGACCUCUCUGGGACGAGUUUGGCCUCCCGGGUCUGCAACGGAGAUGGCUCCUUGAUCCAAUCCAACGAGCAGGCGAACCUCCUAGCCGACAUCAACUCAUUCCUAGGCCUGCCAUCCCAGGAAUUCGCCGUGUCCGGUUUGGCACCAGGGAUGAUCCUCAGCGGGCUUUGCAUGUUUCUCUGGUGCAUGUACCUCUGCAGAGAGUUCCGCACGAUUUGGAUUUCUAUUGAAGCGAUUCUGCAGAUUCCACGGGCGCGCAAGACUGUCUUUAGCAACGGCCGCUUCGUCGCCAUAUCCUACUUCCGCCUCGGAGUCUACCUGAUGCUACGCCUGUAUCGCGCCUCGAUCACGGCCUGCCUCCUCUGGGCUGGGCAGCAGUGGCUUGCAAAAACGAAGAGCAUAACGGACCUGAUUUUGAAUGCCUCAGCAUUGGGUACCAUCCUCGAGAUUGACGAGUUGGUCUUCGCCUCUCUGCUGCCGAAGAAGAUCCAGGCUGCCGUCUACAGUUUGGAGGCCGUGAAGGUCCGAUACACAAAAGCGAAGAGUCAACUGGAGGGGAGCUUGAUCUUCCUUGGAGUCGUCGCGGUGACGCUCACUCCCAUCUUCGUCUGGGUCAUACCUCUGGUGGACAUGAUGCAGCGGGUCAAGGUCGAGUUCUGCUUCGGCGCACAGAACUUCGUCGUUGCCUACAACCAGGACUCGCAAACGACGGUCGGCUUGGCGACUCCUUCAUUUGCGGUCCGAAGCGAAAACGGCCUAUCUCUCAGUGAACGGGCCGUCUUGGGGCACACGGUGCCAACAGCCGAGUCUACCUUCGUGGGGCCGUACGACUGGAAUCUGAUUUAUUUCUCAGACGAUCCGGACUCGUUUGCCCAAGAUACUGUGAUAUCCCAAGCGUCUGUUUCCGCGCAGACUACGGCUUGUUUGGAUGCAGAUAACUGGCUUCGUCGUUACGGCCCCGUCUUCACGGAGAGACACAUGCCACGAUUCCACGCCGCCGCGGCCAUGAUCGGACGAGACAACGCCACCUCCUGCGCAGAGCUGGCGGAUAAGUGCGAUGACUUCGACUCGCGUGUCCUGCGCUCGGUCUGCCCUCGCACCUGCGAUUGCCACCUGCCGCAAGCCAACCAAUGGUUCAAGGUCCCCGCACAGGGCUGCCCAGACGUCUGCCGAGAGGAGGCCGCCACGCGCUCCCAGGACAUCCAGUGCCGUGACAGCCCCGUGGGCGAGGAUUGGCUGUCUUUCUGGGACAGCUACCCGGAUGUCAUGCAAGAACAUCUGGGGGUCAACUUCUCAGACCCAAACAACCCGGUCACGGGUGCUGAGUUCGUUCAUGGCAUCGUAGGGUUCAUGAAGACCGCAGGGUGCCCUGGCCUCAUGUCUGUGCAAGAAGAGCCCAUCACAAGGACUCCCUGGUGCCAGGGAAAUCAGCUUUCGGCAUCCUUGGCUUACAUCUGCCCGGUCUCCUGCGGCUGUUUGGUGGAGAAUGUCCCCGACUACUGCCCACGCAGUUGCAAGGCUUGCGGUGAUGUGGCCAACUUCCCAGCCAAUGCGAACAUGGCCAGUUGUGUGGAGGCAAAGCAGCUUGGCAUUUGUGGCAUUCCCGAGGAUGCAGCGAAAUACUGCGCUGACACCUGCGGAAUCUGUAAUGGGACCAGCAGUGCUAGUACAGUUUGUCCCGAUGGUCCCCUACCCGCCGUGUUCGGCCUGGGCAGCUGCGCAGACGUCCAGGCUGCGGGCUGGUGUCCCCUGUUGAGCUUCUUGGAGUCUUCGGUGAGUUUGAUCUGUGGUCGAUCCUGCGGUACGUGCACCUGA